GACUGUCAAUGUAAUAAAUGUAAAGAUAUUUUGUUUACAUUUAGCAGAAUUUAUUUUACAACUGAGUAUUCCUAUUUUCUAGCAUGUUAGGAAACCUAAAAGAUUUUAUUUCGGUUGUCCAAGAUGGACUGAGUUCGAGCAACAAUUUAAGGCAGACUUUGCAAGAAGUUCAAAAAGUAACCAACAUUUUCAAAGAGAAACAGAAACCGAGCAGCGAAAGUAAAGUUAACUAUGGAGCUGGUGGGGAGUUACUUGAGCAUUUUCAAAAGCAAUGGGAGGAACUUCACGAAAACGCCGAGAAAAAUGCGAAAGAAGCUGAAGCAGUGGACGAAUUGAUUCUAGCGAUACACGCUGAAACUAAACUAAAAUUGCAACAAGCAACUGAGUUUGCUUACAAUGUAGCUCACCUCCCUAGUUUGACGGCUUCGGUAGCACAAUGCAUGGACAGUCUUAAAAACGUUCAGACGUUACUGAAGGAUGUAGAGGAACAGUUACUCGACUUUGAGGAUAUCGUCGAAAGGAAUAAAAUGGAGAACAGAAAACUUGAUCAUCAUUAUCAGCUCACAUUAUACAAGGAGAAGAAAAUGGAGAGGUUGGAGGAAAUCAGAAGUUCUCUAGCUACAGAAAACAUGAAAAAAAGUACAGAAAGGGAAAAACAACAACUGGCAGAGCUGCAGCUGAAACGGGAAAUUAGUGCAGUUGCGUUCCAGAGUGAUGUAGCCAGAUACAAACUGAGCGGAAACAUUCCAACUGGAUCCUCCCCUGCCCCACAACUGUCUCUAGAACAGAUUCAGCUGGACAACGAUAGCACGGACUUGGAGAAAUUUCUAGAGGACUAAACUUUCGAUAGAGCAAUUAAUUAAUAAUUAUUAUUUGAUAUGAAUGUUGAGCUUAUGAAGUUAUAUUUUAAGAGAUAAAAAGAUUUAUAUUUGACUUGUUACUGGUAAUAUAAGAGUAGAUUUAUUAGGAAA